AAUACAGAAUACGUAAACAAGCAGCGUGUUUUACGCUAUCGAUAUAGGCUUAUGAUAUAUAAAAGUAUUCUAUUUCUCUAAAUAAGUGUCUUUGUACCAUAAAUAAAUGAACUUAAUUAGUUAGAAAAAAUAAAGUAGGAUGUCUCACAACACAUAUAAUAUCUUAUGGGCAGAAGCUCAGCAAAGUUUAAAAUCUACUCUUGUCAAUGACUUGUCAAGUGAGCCUCAACUUCCAGAAAGGGACCAACAGGUGGCAUUCCAACGUGUAGCAAAACUGUAUGUGAACUAUAUCCAGAUCAUGCGUUCAUUAGAAGCUUGUUACGAUCAAAUGGUCCACCCCCAGAAGAGAAGAGUGGUACGACAGUUGCUUGAUGCCACCGUAGGAAGAGUACUAGAACUGAAGAGUGAGAUGGUUUCCAUUGAAUGUUCUGAAUAUCACUUCUUGGAUGAUCUCGUUACUGACAUGAAACUGGUUCCA